GGUUGGUGGGCGCAUGCGCAGUGCGGACUCCCCGGGACUGGUCCGGAACGGGUAGAGCUGUUAGAUACAAUUGUCAUAUGAAGUUGAACAUGGCAGAAGAAGAGGACUAUAUGUCUGAUUCCUUCAUUAAUGUCCAAGAAGAUAUCAGACCAGGAUUGCCAAUGCUGAGGCAAAUCCGAGAAGCCCGUCGAAAAGAAGAAAAGCAACAGAAAGCCAAUUUGAAAAAUAGGCAGAAGAGUUUAAAAGAAGAAGAACAAGAAAGACGUGACAUUGGGUUGAAGAAUGCACUAGGCUGUGAAAACAAAGGGUUUGCUUUGCUCCAAAAGAUGGGAUAUAAAAGUGGUCAGGCUCUUGGCAAGAGUGGAGAUGGUAUUGUUGAACCGAUUCCUCUCAAUGUCAAAACGGGGAAAAGUGGCAUUGGUCAUGAGGCAUUGUUAAAACGGAAAGCAGAGGAAAAAUUAGAAAGCUACAGAAGAAAGAUUCACAUGAAAAACCAAGCUGAAGAAAAAGUUGCAGAACAGUUUCGAAUGCGACUUAAAAAUAAGCAAGAUGAAAUGAAGAUAGAAGGAGAUCUUAAAAGAAGUCAGCGAGCCUGUCACCAAUUGGAUAUCCAGAACAAUAUUCAGGUUCCCAGGGAGGCAUGGUACUGGUUGAAACUUGAAGAGGAAGCUGAAGAAGAAGAAGAAGAAAAAGAACAGGAUGAGGAUGAAUAUAAGAGUGAAGAUUUAAGUGUACUGGAAAAAUUACAAAUACUGACUAGUUAUUUAAGAGAAGAACAUCUGUAUUGUAUUUGGUGUGGAACAGCCUAUGAAGAUAAAGAAGACUUAUCUACAAAUUGCCCAGGACCAACUUCUGCAGAUCAUGACUAAGAUUAUUCCUAAUAAAGUGAAAACUUGAAAAAUAUUAUUGCUUCCUAGAGAUAGACAAUUCAGCAAUUAGAAUUCCCAAAUUUUUUAUGCCAGUAAAGAAAGAGGGCCUUUAUAUAAUGUUUUAUUCUUUUUGUAUUUUACAUGUACUUUAUACUUUGGAAUAUAAUUGUUCACUGAAAAAAGUAAUGGAAUGCUCUUUCAGAGCACAAGUAUCAUAAACAUGGGCAAUUAUAAUUUAUAGCUGUAUUGUGAUGUGGGAUUUAAGGAUACCAAUAUGUAACUCUUUUAUUCCCCUCUUCACUUUGGAACAAAUUGAGAAGUAAGACAUGGAGUCAGAGGGAGGUCAAAAUAUCAGCUUUACCAGUGAUGAAGCUGAAACAGAAAACAAAGUUGACUUUUUCUCCAGUUAGACCCCCUAAUAUUUCUCCCUGAUUGGAGAGAGCUGCAGGCCUCUGCCUUGCAGGGGCAGAACCCAUCUUUGCAUUCUGACGCCAGUUAGCUCUCAAGGUUAGGGAACACAGCAGGUGCUGGGCCACACAUACUCAGUUCCUUCUCCCAAUAUCACCCAUUGUAUAAAACACUUAUCUGCUGGGAGGGAAUGAAUGAGUGCUCAGAGAGCUUGUUCCCACACUCUUCUUUCCCAAAGAGCAAAGAGAAGUUCCUUUCCCUUCAUCCAGUAAUGAAGGGGAGGGGAAAAGUAUUCUCCUCAGUAAAACUGAUGUCAGAGGCAAUGUUCCAUUAAUACUAUUAAAUUUUAAUCAGUUUUAGAGACAAAGUAAUUAUAUUUCUGAUAAAAUUGUGGGUUUUCAUGGUAGUGUAUAUAUCCAUUGUAAGUGAUAUGUUGCAAAUGUUUGCUAAGGAGACUUAAGAAUUAGGGGAAACCUUAAAUGUCAUGUGAUCCAAGUACUUAUUGGAUUUGGAAACCCCUUGACAACAUUCCCAGCAGGUGGUAAUCCAACCUCUGCCUUUAUUCUUCCAGCCACAGAGAGCUCACUUUUUUAAAAACAUUCCAUUGCUGGGUAGCUCUAAAUUAUUUUUAAAGUUUUUUCUCUUAAACUGGAAUCUACUUCCCUGUAAUUUAACUGAAUCCAGUUAAGAACAUUCCAUGAGGCACACCACUUGAGAGCUUCAUACAGGGUCAGGCAUCAAAAUCAUGAACUUUUUAAAAAGCUCAUAUGUUCAGGUAUCUCCCCUAAUGAUUUUGAUUCAACUAGUCUAGCGUAGUUCCUGGAUAUCUGUAUUUAUUUUGAAGUCCCAAGGAUGAACCUGAUAAGAACCUGAGGAUAAGAACUAGUGCUGUAGGUUAAAUAUAGAACACCACUAUUCUUUAGAUAGAGUUGUGAUCUCACCUGAUUUUAUAGCUCACUUUUCAGUCACAUUGAGCAAGAGAUCAAGUUCUUCCUUUUAUUAAAAACAGUAUACACAAGAAAAUAGCAAAAGCUUACCUACACUUGCAAAGGUUAAGAUAAUCAAUGGUACAACUUGUAUUCAUCUCUGACCUACUAUGACCUAAAUCUCUUGUUCUCAAGUUUAACUUGGGGAGCUUUAAAAAAUAAUAAUACAAGGACCCCACCCCCAGAUAUUCUGAUGUAAUUGGUCACUGUGGCUUGGGAAUCACUACCUUUGAUUCUAAGAUGAAGCGGAGCUUGAGAACCACUAAUCUAGUUAACUCCUGGGCCUCAGUUCU